AUGAUUUCGGAGAGAGAUUACGCACCAUUGAGUGCAGCAUGCGUUAGGUCGUUGAAUGACAAACGCCUCUUAAAAGUCUUAGGCCAAGACUUUGCAACCUCCCAAAACUCCCACACCCGAAAAGGCGGCUUAAUAGGCCUGGCCGCUAUUGCAGUAGGCCUGGGCAAGGACACUGGUCAGUACACAGAAGAACUAAUCCGCCCGAUCUUGGCCUGUUUCUCUGACCCAGACAUCCACGUGCGCUACUACGCCUGCGAGAGUCUGUACAACGUGGUAAAAAUCGCUCGAAGCGCCGUGCUGCCUCUCUUCACAGACAUUUUCGGCGCACUAAGCAAGCUAGCUUGCGACCCAGAGCAGAACGUGAAGAACGCCACAGAGCUCCUUGACCGUCUCAUGAAGGACAUAGUCACAGAAAGCGGGAUGUUCGACCUGGUGGGUUUCAUGCCCAUCUUACGGGAGCGCAUCUACAUAAAAAGCCCUUUCGGCCGGCAGUUCAUGAUCUCCUGGGUCUCAGUCCUGGACGCGGUGCCAGACAUGGACUUCGUGAUAAUCCUCCCGGAGAUUUUAGACGGGCUCUUUAUUAUCCUCGAAGAUCCGACUCCGGAGAUUAAAAAAAUUACUGACACUGUCCUGGGGGAGUUUCUUCGCAGUAUUAAAGCGAAUCCUUCUAGAGUAGACUUCCAAGGGAUGAUAAAUAUCUUGAUAGUUCACGCGCAGAGCGCUGAUGAGCUUCUUCAGCUGACUGCUAUCGCUUGGAUGCGAGAAUUUGUCCAGCUUUCGGGGAGUUUAAUGUUGCCCUAUGCUUCAGGAAUUCUUUCUGCUAUUUUACCUUGUCUCGCUUAUGAUAGUGAUAAUAGGAAGAAUAUUAAAGAAACAGCUGCUAAAGUUAAUUCUGCUCUUAUGGAAUUAAUUACUACUGAGGAUCUUGUUAUUACUUGCGAUCCAGAUGAUAAAAAAGCUAAUAAAAAAGAAGACAAGCCAGAAGAUGAUAAAAAACCAGAGGGACUUAAUUUAACGAAAAUUGUUGAAGUUUUGACCAAACAUUUAAAACAAACUUCUGUUCAAACUAAAAUCGCAACCCUAAAAUGGAUUUAUCAUUUAUUCAUCCACAUUCCUAAUAAAAUGUACAAUCACAUUGAUGAUUUAUUCCCUGUGUUAAUGAGAACCCUCGGUGAUAAUUCCGACGAGGUUGUUCAGCAAAAUUUGGUUGUAAUUGCUGAAAUAAUAAGCCCGCAAUCUACUGAAGAUAAAGAUAAGUCAGAAACAACUAAGAUAAGUCCGAAAUAUUUCACUAAAUUUAUUGUGAAUUUAUUGAGAUUGUUCUCUACUGACAGACACUUGUUGGAAGACAAAGGAGCAUUUAUUAUUAGAGAAUUGUGUGUCUUGUUGAGUGCGGAAGAGAUUUAUAAAAUUCUGGCGAAAAUUCUACUAGAAGAGCAGAAUUUAAGGUUCGCUGGAAUAAUGAUUCAGACGCUGAAUGUUAUAUUGCUUACUAGCUCGGAGUUGUUUGAGCUGAGGAAUAAAUUGAAAGAUUUGAAGAACGAGGUUUGGAAAAAUAUUUAUUUAUUUUGGAGUUUGAUUACAAUUGUAAUUGUUGUUUUAGAGAGUCGCAAAUUGUUUGUUUGCUUGUACGAGUCGUGGUGUCAUAAUCCGGUAGCAACAAUGGCACUUUGCUUGCUGGGUCAGAAUUACGCCCACGCGUGCGAUCUUGUUAAAUCAUUUGCUAACAUCGAAGUAACUGUUGAAUUUCUCACGGAAAUUGAUAAAUUAGUACAACUAAUUGAGUCUCCGAUAUUCACUUAUCUGAGACUGGAGUUACUGGAACCAGAAAGGAAUGAAUCUUUGGUGAGAACUCUGUACGGCCUGUUGAUGAUUUUACCUCAGAGUGAAGCAUUCGCAACAUUACAACGUAGAUUGACAGCGAUACCUCCAGCUAGCUCGGUGAUAGUCGCCGGCAAAGCUGGCGACCCUUCAAAUAAUAAACAGACGGACGGAAUCGAUUUUGCGAGGCUUUUGAAGCACUUUGAGAGCGUUCAGGAGAAACACAAGGAUCAGAAGCAUCGUCAGCGGCUGAAUAUGUUCGUUGAUCGUGAUUCAACACCGACAAGUCAUAGUGAUACGUGA